AAACUUCAAAAGUGUCAAAAUCAAGUCAAAAUAAUCAAAUGAUUGAAGAUUCUAAUGUUUUAUUAUUAAACAUUAACAAUAAAUUUCAAGAUAUAACGUACGAGCUAAAUACGUAUUUUACAGCCAACCUUUUAGGUAUAAACCUUACAAAACCAUGCAACCUUUACUUAGCACCAAAGCUGAUAUUCAAAUAGAUUUAAAUCAAGUUAAAUUAGAUGUGUUAAACGGCAUCCGAGAAUGUAAUGAUCGAGGAUUAACACAAACAGUCAAAUGGCUGUCCGAACUUAAUUAUGCACUUAAAGAUCAUAAGCUUCCUCCUAAUAUAGAAAGCCGUAAUUCGUUUGAUAAUGAAAUCAUAGCAGAAGAAAAAGAGGCAUAUACUUUGGCUAAAAGUUACUUCGAUUGUCAAGAAUACGACAGAGCUGCACAUUUUCUCGAAAGCACCACCAGUUCAAAAUGUGUAUUUCUGCAUAGAUAUUCACAAUAUAUGUCAAGCGAAAAAAAAAGAUCUGAUAAUGCUACGGAUACUGGAUCUGAGAAUACUGAUUCAACUCAAGUAUUGUUAGACCUGUUGUCUUUUUUUAAGACCAAUCAUAAUUCUCUUGAUGGAUACCUUUUAUAUUUGGAAGGUGUUGUUUUAAAGAAAUUAGAUUUACGAAGUCGUGCAGUAACAGUGCUGCAGGCAGCUGUUGCAGCAGCACCAACAUUGUGGGCAGCAUGGGUUGAACUCGCAGGACUUGCUAACGAGUAUGAGGCUUUAGAUUCUUUACAACUGCCAAAACAUUGGAUGAUGUACUUUUUUGCCGCUCAUGCUUUUGUAGAACUAAAACUGUCAGAUCAAGCUUUAGAAGCUUACAUGGUUUUAGCAGCUGCAGGGUUUGAGAAGAGUACAUACAUUACUGCUCAAAUGGCUAUUGCACAUCAUGAUAGAAGAGAUGUAGACUCAUCGCUAACCCUAUUUCGAGAACUAUAUAAAAAUGACCCAUACCGUUUAGAUAAUUGGGAUGUAUACUCCCACCUCUUGUAUCUAAAGGAAAAACGAAUGGAAUUAGCAAAUCUUGCACAGAAAGCUGUUUCAAUUGAUAAGUAUAGAGUUGAGACAUGUUGUGUUAUAGGUAAUUAUUAUAGUUUAAGAAGUGAACAUCAAAAAGCAGUUUUAUAUUUUCAAAGAGCUUUAUCAUUGGACCCUCAGUACUUAUCAGCUUGGAUCCUAAUGGGUCAUGAAUUUAUUGAGUUACAAAAUUCAAAUGCUGCAAUACAGUGUUAUAGACAAGCUAUUGAUGUAAAUAGAAACGAUUAUAGAGCCUGGAAUGGUCUAGGACAGGCUUAUGAGAUAUUGGGUCUCAAUGGUUAUUGUAUAUAUUACUAUUCAAGAGCGGCACAACUGAAGCCAGAUGAUUCAAGAAUGUUAGUGUCUCUUGGUGAAGCUUAUGAAAAAAUGGAUAAAAUUCCUAAUGCACUUAAAUGUUAUUAUAAAGCGCACAGUACAGGAGAUAUUGAAGGAAUGGCAUUGUUUAAAUUAGCAAAGUUGUAUGAGAAGUCGAACAUGCCGAACAGCGCGGCUGCCGCUUACACGGCGGCGUGUCAAGAGCCUGCCAACGCUGGUAGUAAGGAACUACCCGCGGCGCAACGCUACCUCGCGCAGUACUACCUCCGGUUCUCGCUACUCGACCACGCCUCUCACUACGCUUACAAAUGCCUCGAACAUGAAAGCACUAAAGAAGCUGGAAAGAACAUAUUAAAAACGAUAUCAGAAAAGCGCUUAGCUCCAUCAACCUCGUCACAAGCUGUCAAUUUACCAGAAGACUUGCCAGAUGCGAUUAGGAACGCUUCCACGUCGUUAACUCAAGACACUCCCAAAACACCAUUUCCUAGCCCCAACAUUACCCCGGAUAACUUUUCCACUCCAAUGUUUUCGAGAAGAAACAAUAAAUAUAAAAUGUGACAGGUGUUUUUCUCAAACUGCAAAAUAUACUAUAUUUUUAAUUACUACUUGAAAUGCUUAUUAUACCAGUAAAUCUUUGUGUAAGGUAAGGAGAAGUAUAAAUGAUUUAAACCAAAA